GAAAGAUUUUCCUUGUUAAUCCCGCCACUCAGGGCCCAUUUUGCCAUUUAUAGCAGCUAAGCUUCAUGUUGGCUUGAGAAAGGUCGUCUACACCUUCCAGGCAAUAGACAGUCCACAACGAAACAUGGCAUUGCAGGAGGAGUUUAAAGAGUCUGCUGACAAGGCUAAGGCCUUACCUCCGACAACGAAAGAUGCAGACAAACUGAUUUUAUAUGGGCUUUACAAGCAAGCAACAGUGGGGAAUGUUAAUACCGACCGUCCGGGAAUUUUCAGCCCCACAGACAGGGCUAAAUGGGAUGCAUGGAAAGCAGUUGAAGGGAAGACCAAAGAAGAAGCAAUGACAGAAUAUAUCGCAAAAGUGAAGGAGCUGCAGGGAGCAGCUGCUGCAUGAAUGACCAAGCUUUGCAGCCAACCAAGUUUCAGUUUUGCUAUUGUAAUCAGUUUCCUUCUUCCUCGUUUUAGAAUUGAUGUUAAAUCUGGUUGCAUUUCUGGUGUUGAACAAUAAUAAUAAGAAGAAUCAGGUCCAUACAGACUCCAU